GCCUUCGAAGAGUGGGAGAAGGAAAAAAACGAAAACAAAGAAGACCUAAGGGAAAGAAAAAAGAGAAAAGAUCGAGAGAGAGAGAAUGAUGAAGAAGCAAGUGACGAUAGUGGCUGCUCUUCUAAUUCUGGUGGCUUUGUUUUCCAACAUGGAUAUGGUGGCGGAGGCUAAAUUAGGCCCCGGACCAUAUAGAAAGUUAGGCGCAGAAAAUUGCUAUGACGCUUGCACCACCGGCUGCGUCAAUCCUGAUAAUAAAAAGCUGAUCCGAUGCCAUCACAAAUGCUACGUUCGGUGUGGCGGUGUAGGUAAAAAUAUUAAAUCGUCUAUUAGAAUAAUUAAUGAAACCUGAUUCUACCGGACCGGUAUCUAGAAUUUCGUAUGGAUGAAAAUUAACACCAUGUUCGUCUACUUGAAUCGGAUCAUGCAUAAGUUGUGUGGGACGAUGAGAUGGUUUUGUAACUCUAUGAAACCAAAAGGGAACUUGGAACUGUUUUAUUUAAAAAGAGUUUCAACAUAAUACAAAUUUACAUUGGUAGCAUUACAAAAAUGAUAAGAACCUUUUCGAACCCGGAUUCUCUAUUAGUAAAACUGGUUUGCACACACACUUAAACAAGUAGUAUAUAGAAAGCACGAUGACUUAUAUAUAUAUUCUCCACCACUUGCACUUCUUGACUUCUACAUAGGUGUACCCGAAAGAUUUACUCUAUCUGAAAUUGGCUAUAGUGAGACAUGAAGGCUUGGUCACAGAUCCAAUCUUGUUCGACCUAAAUAAUCAGAAUAUAACAUCCCGUAAAGAAUUAUAAUAUUUGGUAAGAAGUGUUUGUAAACCACGGAAUAUGAAAUUCUGUAAACCGUUAAUCAGAAAAUGAUCUAAUAUUAAUAAACCAUAUGCAUAAACUUGUUCAAGAUUCAAAUUUGAGAAAUUCUAUAAGAGUGUUAAAAAUCCAAAAUUCUAUACUUAGUACUUACGUUAAUAAAAACGUUUUCCCAAAAUAUAGGUUUAACUUAAAACCUUUUAAGAUCUCAGCUAAACUUUUCCCGAAAAGUAUUUAAUAAAGUAUCUUAAAUCGUUUUGAUUUUUUUUCUUCAAAAAGUUCAUAAUUAAUAACAUACUACUAAGGAUUGAAUGGGGUUAGGUAUUUUUAUGAUACGAUUUCACUGUAUCCUUUCUUGAGAGAUCUACUCAUCUUAAAAUUUAUGAUAGACAGUACUACUAUAUAAGAUAUAACUAACAAAAUUUGACUUAUGAAAAAGAAUUGAUGUGAUGAAACAUGCAGUAUAUAAAUCAAUAUCGAAAUGAUUUGUAGUAUAAUUAUUAUUCAGUGAUAAGACUCCAAGUUCAACGGUGUAAAAAAUCUCUCUAUCAGUGUAUAACAAUUGGAUUGGUUAAAAAGGUUUUUAAAACUUUUUAUUUAUUUAUUUUGGUUUUGUGUUAAAGUCAAAACUAUGGUUGGGUCUUCGCUUGAUGCGAGGCGUAGGUCAUGCGGCCUCGUGGACAAUAAUGCUUCACAAUGUCCACUUAUUACAAAUUCAUUCUUUCUCUCUCUCUUCCGCAGACAAAUUUAUAGUAGUAACUUAAAAAAAAAUGUCAUAAAAGUUCGAUAGAAAAAAAAUCCAACAAGGAAGAGAAUUAGAGAAAGAAGAAAAAAAUAAGGCAUUUUGAUUUGUAGAGUCCCUAGAUUUUAUUUAUUUAAUAUUUACUUCUUAAUUAGUAUUUCCUUGCUGUCUCGUGAAUGAAACUAUUAAAGUAUAAAAUCAAGAAAAGCUCCUGCUGCUGAGUACUACUGGAAACAAAAAAAAACAAAAGCAGAGAAAAAAAAAAAAGGAGAAGACGACUUUAUCUUUUUCUGGUUUUUGUUGUUCUUCUUUGACUUUAUGGGUUCUUUUGUUUUUAGAUUUGAGGAGCUCUUAUAGAUCUGCUCAAAUCUCUGUGAUCUUGUCCUUAAUUCUUCUGUUUAUCCAUAAUUUCCGGAGGAUUCGUGAGUUUUUUUGUUGUAAGCAGAAGACCCCUCAGAUUCUGUACGUUUUGUUGCUUUUUUGCUGAGCUUCUGGAUUUGGUCGGAAAGAAGAAGCCUUAAGUAAAAAAAAAGAGAAGAUUCUGGGGUUUUCAUCAGCUUGUCUGAAAGUGAGUGGAGUCCUCUCCUAUCCCAGUGUGUAGCUCUUUAUUGGAAUUGGGCAUUUCUGGUUUGGUCUUGUUGUUGAAAAGAAGAAUCCUUUUAAGUAAAGAAAAAGAAAGAGAAAUGUCGUUUAGGAGCAUUGUUCAAGAUUUGAGAGAUGGGUUUGGGAGCUUGUCAAGGAGGAGUUUUGAUUUCAGGCUCUCUAGUCUUCAUAAAGGGAAAUCUCAGGGCUCUUCUUUCCGUGAGUUUUCGUCUUCUCGUGAUCUCUUGUCGCCUGUGAUAGUUCAGACAAGCAGAUGGGCUAAUCUUCCUCCAGAGCUACUCUUUGAUGUGAUCAAAAGAUUAGAAGAGAGUGAGAGUAAUUGGCCUGCAAGAAAACAUGUCGUGGCUUGUGCUUCGGUUUGUCGGUCUUGGAGAGCUAUGUGCCAAGAGAUUGUUUUAUGUCCUGAAAUCUGUGGAAAGCUCACUUUCCCAGUUUCCCUCAAACAGCCAGGGCCGCGUGAUGCAAUGAUUCAGUGUUUCAUUAAAAGGGAUAAAUCAAAGCUAACAUUUCAUCUUUUUCUUUGUUUAAGUCCCGCUCUGCUAGUGGAGAAUGGGAAGUUUCUUCUUUCGGCUAAAAGAACUCGUAGAACUACUCGGACCGAGUACAUUAUCUCCAUGGAUGCUGAUAACAUUUCAAGAUCCAGCAACUCCUACCUUGGAAAACUCAGAUCAAACUUUCUUGGGACAAAGUUCUUGGUGUACGACACACAACCACCACCAAACACAUCUUCAAGUGCGUUAAUCACUGAUAGAACAAGCCGGAGCAGAUUCCACUCAAGAAGAGUAUCUCCUAAAGUCCCAUCCGGAAGCUACAACAUUGCUCAAAUCACCUACGAGCUCAACGUGUUAGGCACACGGGGACCACGGAGAAUGCACUGCAUCAUGAACUCCAUCCCAAUCUCAUCGCUCGAGCCAGGCGGUUCGGUACCUAACCAACCAGAUAAACUCAUCCCGGCUCCAUACUCUCUCGACGACUCAUUCCGCAGUAACAUCUCCUUCUCCAAAUCAUCACUGGACCACCGCUCCCUCGAUUUCAACAGUUCAAGAUUCUCCGAAAUAGGAAUAUCCUGCGACGACAACAACGAAGAAGAAGCGAGUUUCAGACCGUUGGUAUUAAAGAACAAGCAGCCGAGGUGGCACGAGCAGUUGCAAUGCUGGUGUUUGAAUUUCCGGGGACGAGUGACAGUUGCAUCGGUUAAGAAUUUCCAGCUAGUAGCAGCAAGACAGCCGCAGCAGCCUCAAGGAACAGGCGCAGGAGCAGCAGCGGCGGCUGCACAGCCUGCUCACCCGGAGCAAGACAAGGUGAUUCUCCAGUUUGGUAAAGUGGGUAAAGAUAUGUUCACAAUGGAUUAUAGGUAUCCGUUAUCUGCGUUUCAGGCGUUUGCGAUUUGCUUAAGCAGCUUUGACACCAAGCUCGCUUGUGAAUAGAAGGAAACCACUCAUCAUCAUUCAUGCUAAUCCCUUGUCUCUCUUUUAUCUUUAUAUGCUUUUGGUUUUUUUUUGGGCAAAUCAAAAUGUCUCCAAUACUCAGUUACUACUACUGUGAGAGUCAGACGUCUACUAUUAACCCUCUUAUUUAUUCUAAACCAAUUGAACAUUUUAAUGAGUA